CAAGGCCCGGCUCGGCGCCCACCCCCUCCCCGCGCUCCCCGCGCCUAUGCGGGCCCUGCGGGUGGCGCGCGCGCUGCGCCACGGGGCGGACCCCGCGCACGCGCGCGCGGAGUUCUUGGACGCGCUGAGGGGCGGCCUGGCGCUCGAUGACGUGGCCGCGCUGUCGCUGCGCUUCGCGGAGCUGCGGCCGCCCCCGCUGCCGGAGUUCUUCGCGGAGGUGGCGACGCACGUCGAGGCGGGCGCGGCGCAUGAUGGAUUUCAGCUGGGAGGGAGAGCUGCUGUUCUCUUAGCUGGCACCUGGCACUCCGCCGAGCACGGGCGGCAGCGGCGCGCG